UGGUAUAUAAAUAUGGCAACUGUUUGUUAGGACAGUUUCAGUUUUUUCAUUAUGGAUUAUCUAAAUGUUAUUCACUGUUUGGAAUUGAUUUUGGGCAAGAUCAUUAAUGGUUUCAGGUAUGACUGAGCAGAGAGAUUAAAAGGGGAGCGUGUCCACCCCUUGAGAGACAUUCACUCCAUCAGAUCUGUGCAGCGGGAGUUUUGUUUUCUUUUUGAAGGAUGUUUAAACAAAUGUUAUGAAAAAACAAGAGAAAGUGACUAUAGUUUUACCCCAGCGCCACAGAUCACAGAAUCAGAAACUGUCGGGAUCCAGGAAAACGCCGACACAAGUGAAAGGACGUCACCGAGAGGAAGAACAGAGCCCUGGGGAACAGGAGAAUGAAAGCAGAAAAUAACAGCUCCAGCCUCUAUGUUCCUGAGCCCAGAACCUUUAAAGGAUGGAUACCAAACUCCAUUAGACAAACAGAGAAUGAACUGAAUGGCACCCAAGUUCCCAGUUUGACUCACUCCAAUGCAGCUCUGCAGUUACUAAAUGGCAGUGCCAUUGGGUACCUUACAGGGCCCCUGAGCACCAAGAUCAUCCCCAUAUUUUAUGUGAUAGUGGUUACGGUUGGAAUCCCGGCAAACAUCGUAAUCUUGCGCUUGCUCGUGACCAAAGUUCGAAAGGUUUACUCUGCCAUCCUCUACAGCAGUCUGGCUGUCUCCGACCUUCUCCUCCUCCUCUCCCUCUCCUUCAAGGCUCACUACCAUUUCAGUGGAAACCGCUGGGUACUCGGGGAGGCUGCCUGUAGGAUAAUCACAGCCUGCUUCUAUGGUAAUCUCUACUGCUCAGCCCUAACUCUGGCCUGCAUUACUGUUAAGCGCUACUUGGCUGUGGUGCACCCCUUCAUGUACAAAAGUUUCCCAAAGAUGACGUGCACCGCCUGGAUUAUUGUGGCAGUCUGGGGAGUGUUUGGUGUGGCCAUCAUUCCUCACCUCCUGGUUCAGCAAAGCUUUUGGGUCAGUGAUCUGAAGCGCACCACCUGCCACGAUGUACUGCCUCUGGAUUUCAACUCUCAUAACUUCCUGCUUUACUACAACCUGGUUCUAACGGUUCUCUGUCUUUUGGUACCCCUGGUGAUCACAGUUGUUUGCUUCAUCCAAAUCAUAACAGAACUCAGCCGAUCACAUUUUGACUGGGCAAUGUACAUCAAGGCCAGUUCACUAAUAUUUGGCAUCUUUGUGGUGUGUUUCCUCCCUGCUGGGGUCCUGCACUUCCUCCAUUAUAUGUUGCUAUCUGUAAGAGGAACAGAACAUUUGUAUGUGCACUUUAACUUGGCAGUGUGCUUGUGCUGUCUCCAUGCCUGUCUGGACCCCUUUCUCUUUUUCAUCAUGUCUAGGUCAACAAGCCCCAAACUUUACUUCAUAAGUUUUAAAGGCAAGUCUCUGAGUAUAUCUGUCUGAAAGAAACAGACAUGUUAACAGAAACUCACUCUGUGUUUCAUUUUUCUGACAGAUGAUGUGCAAAAUAUUGUUGGUGGCUAGAAUCCAUGCUGGGGUUUAUGCCAGAGCCUUAAACUAAGAUUAUCUUGUGUAGAGAGGAGAGAGACUUCUAGAUGUUUAGAUUAAACCUCAAUGAUAUGCACAAUCUAACAUGUAAAAACUUGUAUGCUAGGUGAGCGCUAAAGUGUGUUGUAAAUUAAUCUAUUUUAAUAGGCCAAAAUUGAUCUCAAUAAUGGUGAAAAUGACUAAUGUAUAGCAGUUUGUGUUACGUUUGCUUAACUCUGUAAAUGUUGCUUUGCAUUUUUGUUCUAACUUUUUUUUUUUACAAAAUGAAAAAAAUAAAUAAAAUAAAAACACUGUGAA